AUAGCCCGGGCGGCCGAGGCAGUCACCCCAGGGGGUGAGCGACUUUGGGGGAGUUGGUGCCCCGCCCCCCAGGCCUUGACGGGGUCAUGGGGGCCCCGCGUUCUGGGCCGGGGGGCGUGCGAGUCGGGGCCCUGCUGCUGCUCGGGCUGGGGGGGCUGGUGUCUGGGCUCAGCCUGGAGCCUGUCUACUGGAAUUCGGCGAAUAAGAGGUUCCAGGCAGAGGGUGGUUAUGUGCUGUACCCACAGAUCGGGGACCGGCUAGACCUGCUCUGCCCCCGGGCCCGGCCUCCUGGCCCUCACUCCUCUCCUAAUUACGAGUUCUACAAGCUGUAUCUGGUAGGGGGUGCCCAGGGCCGGCGCUGCGAGGCGCCCCCUGCCCCAAAUCUCCUUCUCACUUGUGACCGGCCAGAUCUGGAUCUCCGCUUCACCAUCAAGUUCCAGGAGUAUAGUCCUAACCUCUGGGGCCACGAGUUCCGCUCCCACCACGACUACUACAUAAUUGCCACGUCGGACGGGACCCGGGAAGGCCUGGAGAGCUUGCAGGGAGGUGUGUGCCUCACCAGAGGCAUGAAGGUGCUUCUCCGAGUGGGACAAAGUCCCCGAGGAGGGGCUGCCCCCCGAAAGCCUGUGUCUGAGAUGCCUGUGGAAAGAGACCGAGGGGCGACCCACAGCCUGGAGCCUGGGAAGGAGAACACCGCAGGUCUGUUCCUCUUCCCUAGCAUCCUCUUCCGUGUAUCUCCUUUUAUUUACCCUCUUGGCUUCUUAUCCUGUGCCUCUCCCAUCUCUAGGGCGGGGGCAUCAAAGCAUUUCUCCCCUCAGCUCCCUCUUCCAACUUCUCUUACCAACCACUCCCCUCAGCCUGCCAAAAAUGGGGGCCUUAUGGGGAAGGCUCUGGCACUCCACCCCAGCCCACAGGUCAUGGGCAGCAGGGCCUCCUCCUCUGCCCUGCCCCAGGCCUCUACGUACUUAACUCCAGCCAUUUGGGGUGGUUGGGUCACAACAGCUUCCGUGAGAAGAAGUGUCCCGUUUUGUCCAGUGGCCGGUAGCGAGCUAUGAACCGGUCGGGACACAUGUGGACUUGGUCUGAUGCUGAACGGGCCACUUGGGACAGGAAGUGACUUGCUCCAGACAAGAAGUGACCAGGCCUGGACAGAAGUGGCCUGGGAAGUGGCAAGAAGCAGUGCAGCAGGAACUGGAAGUGCCUUCAUCCAGGACAGGAAGUAGCACUUCUGAAAUAGGAAGUGGUCUGGCUGGAACCGGAAGUGGCUUAGUCUGGGGGGUUUGGGGGAGGUGAGGUGGAUGGUUCUUACUCUGUGGAGGAGAGGGGGCAGGAAGAACUUCCUGUUUCCGGAGGAAGCUGGAACUUACUCGAAGAAGACCGGGUGGACCGAGGAGGGUUUUCCCAGUAUUAUUCAGUGGCGUGUGCCAAGAUCUCCCUUCCCUUGUUCUCCGUGUUGCUUUUAGGACAGCUAAGGUGACUGCCAUCUGCCAUGGCAGGCUCAGUUUGUCUUUUUCUUCCCUUUCCAUAUCCCAGUAUAAUCUCUGUUACUCAACAGUACAACCCAAGAACCCACGUGUUGUCCCCAGUAACCCAGAUGGCUGUCUUGUUCUUCACAUCCUCUGUCUCCUACUCCCUUCAGACUCAACACAACUCCCUUCUUAGUGACCAUAAUGGUGGCCUACUGACUGGUCUAGCUGACAGUGGUCCUUAGCAACAGUCACUCUUUCCAUAGUGACCAGCUGGUACCUCUUCCUGCCCUCUAGUGCACAGUUGGGUGUUGCCUCGGUUUCCUCCCAGCUCAUUUAUUUCCAUGAGAUCAGAGCUGCCCUUGAGCACCACGUCGGCCACCUGAACCACCAGCCAAGAUGGUUGCUUUGUCCACCAGAGGUCAAGUCAUCUCUCUGGUGCUGUAGUUCCCAGCUCCUUCCUGGUUUUUCUAAUCCCUCCUUCCAGGGAACAGGAAGUUGAUAUUGCCAUGGGGGAGGUGGCGGGGUAUGGCCGUCACCUCAAUAGUUUUACUGUAAAAGGGAAAUUUGAACAACAAAAACCAAAAAAAGAAUAAAAAACUUCAAAAGUUGA